UAUUUUAUCACAAAAAACACGAAUAAGCUAAAUUUGAUUUAAUUUUAAGUUGUUUAAUUACAAUUUGGAGGCACGUGUGGAUAGUUUUGCUUUGGUGGUUUGUGGUGGUCUGUGGUGCAACAGACAACAGCAGAAUCAACCGCAUCGCAAAAGCCGCUUCCCACGGGCGCCCCAACAAACUCUCCACAAAAAAACAGAAAACACAGAAAACUCACAAGAACUUGAUUGGGCAAGGGGUACGAUAUAUGCUUCAGCCGGUUCUUUGCAUGCUCUAAUAAACGUGAAACAAACAUAAAACAGUGUACAAGUUGGGGGUCUCUGGCUUAACCAAUGUGGCACUUCCAAUGAAAAAUCAAUUACAAGUCGUUGGACGUUCUCAGUAUUGGUUAUUGGCAAGACGAGCCCACAGGCAGCUAUAAGAGUUACAUUACAAUCGCAUAGAUACAUAGAUUAGCGCUUAAGCAUGUCCGAGGAUGCAGUGGCCAUGGCGCAGCAGGAGCUGCCGGCUCCACCUGGCAGGAAGCGCGCCCGACUGGAGGAUGAGGAGCAGGCGCUGAAGGUGGCCGGCUUCUCGCUGAGCGCCAUCGAAGAGAUGCGACAGACUCGUGAUGCCGAGCUGCAGAGCGAGUCGAUGGACCAGCAGUUGCGUCAGUUCCAGGUGCUCGACGAGAUCGGCACUGCCAGCGAUGAGGAUGAGUCAGACGACAAUAGCGAAAAGCUGAGGGGCGAGAAUGGCGGCGAAGACGAAGAAGCUGGCGAUGGCGAGGGAGAAGAAUACGAUUCCUCCGACUUUGAUGACGACGAAAUAGAGAAUCUCCUCGAUGAGAAGCUGCCCGAAGAAUUGCGUGAGUCCAAGCGACCAAAGUACGAGCAGCGCUUCAAGACCGUAAUGGAAGAAAAGCGUCACAAUCACUUCGAGGUGCUGCCCGAGGGUUGGGUGCAGGUGACGCACAACAGCGGCAUUCCGCUAUUCCUGCACCGCAAGACGCGCGUCUGUUGCGCCUCUCGGCCGUAUUUCCUAGGCACUGGAAGUGCCCGCAAGCACGCCGUGCCAUUGGGUGCGAUACCCUGCCUAAACUAUCGUCGGGCGCUGGAUGAGGAGGCUGAAGCAGAGGCUGAGGUAACGCAGCAAACCAAAGAGACAACCCCACCGGCAGGCGUUUGUCCCAUGGCUGCUGCUGCUGCUGCUGACAAGGCCGCUGCAGAGGAACCCAUGGCUGUGGAGGCUGAGGAGGCAGCCACCGAAGAUGCGACCACAACCCAGCCAGAGGCGAAGGGCGAUGCACAGCCGGAGACGCUGCCAGCUGUGAUGCCAGCAGCAAAAAUUGUCACCGUCAAGGAGAACACACAGACGGAGUCUGUGACGCCCGACCAACUGAAUGCCUACUGCCAGAAGCUGUUCAAGUUCAAGGUGAUCCGUGUGCUGCGCUUCCGCAGCUGGAAUGCGCGCCGCAAAUUCACCAAGAAUCGGAAGCACAUCAAAAACAUCCAAAGACCCACAUUGCCCGAUGGCACGAAGCUCAUCAAGUUCCCCAUUCUGGCGGCCAGCGGCGAGGGCAACACCAAUCCGCGUGCCCGCAAGGAGUGGAUCAUGAACCCGAACGGCAAGAGCUUUGUCUGCAUCCUCCACGAGUAUGUUCAGCACGCCCUGAAGACGCAGCCCACCUACGAGUUCAAGGAACUCCAGAACGCAGCGACGCCCUAUUCGGCGAUCGUUUCGGUGAACAAUUUGAAGUAUGGGACGGGCUAUGGCACCAGCAAGAAGCAGGCCAAGUCGGAGGCGGCGCGAGAAACCCUCGAGAUACUCAUACCCGAUGUCAAGGACAAGAUAACGGGCAACAAGGACGCCAAGGGAGCCUCAGCCAAAAAGGGACAAAGCGAUCUUUCAGUAUUCGAUGACAUUCGAAUUGAGGAUCCGCGGGUCACCGAAUUCUGCAACAAGACGACAGAGCCGUCGCCCAAUGCCAUUCUCCUUACGUGCCUGCAACGGAAUUACGGCAGCGAUGUGCAGAUCAGCCAGGAGAUCAAUCGAACGGCCAACAACAAGAACGAGUUCACCAUGACCGUUGGCAAGCACACCGCCAAGGUGGUGUGCAAGAACAAGCGCGAGGGCAAGCAGCUGGCCUCACAGGCCAUCCUGCAGAUACUGCAUCCGCACAUCCAAACCUGGGGCUCGCUGUUGCGUUUGUAUGGCAACAAUUCCAUCAAGACGUUCAAGGAGAAGAAACUGGAGGAGCAGGAGAUUACCGUGCUGCAGAGCAAGGCGGCCGUGAACCAGCCCAACUAUGCCAUUCUCGAGAAGCUCAAGACGGAGAUGCUUAAGCUGUCCGCCAAGCAGGAGAGCGUCCUCACCAUGGGCACGUUUGUGCCACCCAACGAUGUCGAUCUGCCCACAUCCUCUGGCUCUAAUCUGAACAAUGUAGAAUUAUAGCAUACGCCAUCAUCCUCUCUAAAGAGAACUGGUCUCUCACCCUCAUGACAAGAGCUCACAUCUACCAGUCUGCCAGAUCUAUAAUUAAUUUAUCGACAAUCGCGACAUCCAUUCUCUAGAGGCCCAACGAAGCAACUUUACUCGGCUUCAAUCCAGACAGAUAUUUGAUAAUUUCGAUUAUGUACGUGUAUAAUUUAUCUAGAUUUGUCUGUUGUUUACAUUGUAGUUUCAAGAUCAUAAUAAAGUGUAUUUCUAUUAA